CAGCAGACGGCGCCACCGGCGGGCAAGGCCGCCGUGCGCGAGUCGGAGACGCAGACAGCGGUCGGCGGCUGGCAAACGGAAGCACGGGAGUCGGGCUCGGGGAUGCUGAAGUACAUGGUGCAGCGGGAGGACCUGGUGCCCGCCUACAGCGCGGCGCCGUACCCCAGGAAAAAGUUCCUGGCGCCACACAGGCUGUACGGCAGCGUUGGAAGACGAUCCGGGAAUGAGGACAGCUCGCUCAGCUCAGCUGACACCGCGGCCGUGCCUCGGGGCAAGUAUCGACCGCAGACCGUGGCCACCGGUCCGAGUCACGAGAAGGCGCGGAACCGCGUGAUCAGGCCCAGCAUCGUGACGUCAGAGGACCGGGCCCGGGCCGAAGCCGUCCGGACCAAGGAGACGCGCGUCUGAGGCACUUCUAUCAUUGUCCACUUCAGUCAGCAGAUUGUGGCGGCGGCAAGGAAUCCUGCCGAGGCCAAAGGUCAGGCGGCACCGCUGGCGCCCCAGGUGCCACUCGUGCGAGCCGUCGCGGCACUAGCGGCUUGUGGUUUUUAGACAGCUCUGUGUGAGAUGGUGACCUGAUAGGCGUAAUCCAGCGCGUGUUUACUGGAUGUAAUCAGGGGGGGGGGGUGAAAUGACGUGGCGCCAUUAUGCCGGGAUGGUUGAGCAGCAGCGCAAUCCGUGCACGUGCUUUCUUCAAAUCAGUGUGAGCGGAAUGCCCGUUUUUUAAUUAGCUGAAUGUCAGGCGAUG